UUAUAAAGAUUGUACUUAAGCCAUAGAAUAGGUAUUAUUCUAUUUUGUGUCUAAGCAAAGCAAACUAUUUAGUUUUGGCUUUAAUGUUUUAUUUUGAUUGUCAUCAUUCCAUGAUUAUUCUAUUGAGUUAGUUGAGUGUUGAGUUGAAUCAGUUUUGGUGGUUUCGGUUGUAAGUGCGCGAACGCAUCAUGCUUUAAAAAAGUUUAAUCAAUAGUAAUUUAUUUCGCCUCUACCUACAGUUUUAUUGUAUAUAGGUUGUAGGAAAAGUCUGAUAUUCACCAAACAUGAGCAACAGUGAAUUACGCAAACGAAAGAAUAAAGAACACAAUGAAAGGCCAAAGACGAGUAAAAAGCGAAAAGAUAAGGCCGCCUCUUCAAUACAGACUUCUUUACUAUGUUUAAUCCUUAGUGGCACAAUUCUGACAUUAUUUAUAAUACUCUAUACUGACCAAAUUCCCUGGCAUAUAGGACAUAGGGUUUUAGAUAGCAUUGCAAAGAAGUUUGGGUAUCACAAACCAGUACAUGCAAUUGUUAUUGACGCUGGAAGCACUGGGUCCAGAGUUUUAGCUUUUACCUUUCACGAGUCAUAUUUAGAUGGACAUUUAGUGCUAGAUAAAGAAUUGUUUGUACACACGAAACCUGGCCUUUCUUCCUUUGCUAAGGAACCAGAGAAGGGUGUUGCUACUCUAGAAGGACUUUUGGAGCAGGCUAAGAAGGAAAUUCCAGAGGAAUAUUGGUGUAGAACUCCACUAAUAUUGAAGGCUACGGCAGGUCUCCGGUUAUUACCCGCAGAGCAAGCCGAGAAGUUGUUACAGUCUGUUAAGGAAUUUUUCGAAGAUGCGCCUUUUGUAACAAACGACAAGUCUGUGGAGAUUAUGGAUGGCGUCGAUGAAGGAAUCUUCUCGUGGUUUACUGUCAAUUUUUUGCUGGAAAGAAUUAAUGGUAAUCCAGCCAAUACAGUGGCCGCCCUAGAUCUAGGCGGAGGCUCAACCCAGGUUACAUUUUCUGCUAUAACUCCAGCUAGCCUUAAAGAAACACAGUAUAUACAUCAAGCCGUAUCCCCAAGAGGUCUUAUUCCAGUGUACACACACAGUUUUCUAGGUCUCGGACUAAUGUCGGCGAGACAGGCUGUCAUUACGUUGAACCAACCGAAUACAACGAAAGUCAUAAGUGAAUGCGUAAAUCCCAUAAUUAAGAAUAAGAAAUUCCACUAUCAUGGUACCGACUACUUUGUCAGUGGUCUUCAGGAGAAUUAUCCGACCUCUAGAAUUAAAGGUACCGAUAUUCAAGUCGGGGAAGUAGUCCCAAUAGUGAGUUUCCAGAAUUGCUCUCGAAUCAUAAACAAAUAUGUAGAGGGUAAAGCGAAACCCCCGGAAGAGUUACCUCUGAAGACUAUUUUCGCUUUUAGUUAUUACUUUGAUAGGGCCACCGAGGUUGGACUUAUCGACGAAAAGACAGGGGGACAAAUUCGAGUGAAAGACUUUAGAACAGCUGCUGAGAAAUCUUGUCACGAGGCCAACGCCGAGCAGCCAUUCAUGUGUUUGGAUCUGACCUUUAUCUGGGUGCUGCUGGAGAAAGGUUUCGGAUUAAAAGAAGACACGAAGAUAUUCCUUUACAAGAAAAUCGAUGGUCAUGAAAUCAGUUGGGCAUUAGGAGCGGCCUACGAUUUACUCAGGGGAUAGAGUAAUGAAUAAUAUUAGCUGUUCCAGAUUAAUUGUAUUAAAAGCACAUUUUAUGUAGGGUUUUAUAUUUUUUUUUACUGUAAAUGUGCCUUAACCUCGUCCUUUGUUUAGAGGCUGUGCAAUAAUUUUCACUUGAUUGUACUGUCGUUACUCGAGAAACUGAAUUUAUUCCACUUACAGAUUUGACACGUAAAAAAUUGUUUCUGUCUUAGUUGUAUAAUAUUGUACACGCAAAAUAUGAACAAAUAAAUUCAGUUUUUCUGUAAUCGUAAUAUUUAUCAUUCCUGCGCAAGUCACCAAUAAAAGUUUCUAUUUUUAA